AAUGUCAUCUGUCUGUUAAGUUGGAGUUACCUGCGUUAUAAAUAUUUUAUAUAAGUAUGACUGAUUGUCUCUCAAGUUUAGUUUCGAGAUACCUUCGAAGUUUGGAUGUGUAAAGUAGAAUUGUCAUCUGUAUUACAUAUCAUAUAUUUAUUUUUGUGACUGCCUUUAUAAAAGUUUCACAGCAGUAUUUGGUAGAGAAUUACUUUUUUUCAGUUUCUGGAAUUAUAAUGGCUAAGCAUCAUACAGGAUCAAAGAAUAGGAAAUUCAGGUCACAGAAACCUCAGAAUGUGAGAAUAACUGAAAAUCGCAUAAUCAAAAGAAACGCCAAGAAAACAAACUCAAGGCCAAACACUCCUAAGGUCCAAGACGCUCGCACGAAAAUAAUUCAGACAAAGAGGAAGACUGUAGUAGAUGCAAGAGAUGUUCUCUCCAAAAUGGCUAAAACUCAGGAUGCCAGAAACAAAAUAAACAAAAUGAGGGAUGGACGUACACUAUUACCCUCAACAAGUGCCAGUGUGAAGGUGAUAGGAACCAACAUUUUAAGGAAAACAGAUCGCCAUGGAAAAAUCAGUUUGGUCACAAAUAAGGCUAAGCCAAAGUCUGACAUAAACGUUGCCAUUCAGAAGCAGCUAGGCUUAAUACCCAACUCUAGGUUGCCUCCUAGGAAAUCUGCCUCUAAACGAAAUGCUGCAGUUAAUACUCAGGAAAUUUUGCGUCCACCCGUAAGCAUUCGAAAGACUAUUCUGAAUGAUAUGGAUUACAAUGCCGAAAGGUUAGAACCGAUUCCACUGUAUGAUCCUGCUUUGUACAGGUGGACAAAACCAGGUGGGAGAGGUACGGCCUCUCAAAUGAUAAACUCAUUGGAAGUCACGAGACAAGCUAUGAGAGAAGCCUUGAGAGAAGAAUUAAGUAAUGGCUGGCCCACAUAUGCUUCCCACAAUAGUUUUCAAAAAAUGACUGGAAUUUACAACAAGGCUCCAUUGCGCUCACAGAAUCUUACAAGAACUCAACGGUUAGUACCAUCUGGAUACGUAGAUCUGGACGAAAUAGAAGAAGAAGAAAUGCCAUUGGCCCCUGUAAGGUCUACAAUGAAUCUUCAAGGGACUUCCCGGGUAUCGAAUGUACAUUCUAGGUUAGAUAACUCACCAAGCUCUCCUGAGUCUCACGGUAUCUUCUCACAAACAAAAGUAGUUGUUCCUGCAGGACACAGGAUUGUUGUGUCAAAUUUGCAACAAAGUGUUACUCAAGAUGACAUAAAGGAACUAUUCGAAGACAUAGGACAACUUCUAGCAGCUAAACUGGUUCGUCCUGGAGUAGCAGAAGUAAUUUAUAAGAAUCUGAAAGAUGCCCAGAAAGCGGUUGAUACUUAUCACAAUCGGCAGCUUGAUGGACAGCCUAUGAAAUGUCUUUUAGUUAACAAAAGACCUCUGAAUUAUCCCACCGCUCCUCCUAUUACGAAAUCAGAAUCGUUUAUGCAAAAUCGUAUUGGACUGCAUUGAAAACAAACAAAUAGAAAACUAUGUAAGUUGUCUUACAAUCGUUUUAUUUUUUGUUUUCAGAAAUUUCACAUCUAGGAAAUUGCCAGCUGUAUCACCGUGUCCGCCUACUAAUAAGUUGGUACCAGAUAUCGGUACCAUUCACAAAGUUUUGUUUCAUCGAAAGUAAUUGCUUUUUUUCAGAUUAAUCAUUUUGUCUUGUAUUUAUUUAAACCGUUUAAAUAUUGGUACAAUAUUGGUGCGGUUUCUUUUUUAUUUGAUAUUGUUUGUGAGUUAUUCUUGAAAACAUUUAAGAAAUCAUGUAUAUUUUAGACUAAUAAACAAUUUACUAGUAAAAAUA